AUGGUGCACCAUCAAAACAAAGGUGCACAAAGUCAAAACAAAGUUAAUUGGGCACCACCUCCAAUGGGAACACUUAAGUUUAACUUUGAUGGGGCAUGUGAUGUGAAAAGAGGAGUAUGUGGUCUGGGAAUAGUCUUCAGAGACCACCAGGGACAUUUGAAAGGUGCUCUUGCAGUCCCACAAGUAGGCAAUCUCCCCCCUAGAUCUGUGGAGGCCCUAGCUCUUCUACAUGGUCUUCAAUUUGCAGCACAUGUCGGGUUCACCAACAUUGACAUUGAAGGUGAUGCUCUCUCAGUUAUCGACACUCUACAUGAAAGUUCAGAGGAUCUAAGUUAUGAAGGUCAUUUAAUUGAGGAAAUUGAGUUUUUAAUUAAGUCUUUUCCUAGUUAUAGUAGCCAUUUUGUGAGGCGGGAAGGUAAUGAGAUUGCCCACCGUUUAGCAAAAGAGGUUUUGAAAGUGAAAAUUGAAGACAGUAUUGAAGGCACUGGCUAA